AUGCCAAUAAGUUGCAAAUUGGAAGAAUACGUCAACAAAAUAUGCAAUCAAAAGACGUGUCGAUGUAAAGAGGUUUAUUUAACAUAUUUGGCUAAUUCUCAUGAAAAUAUAAUUCAAUUUCGUGGAAUUACGAAUUUUGAAGAUGAUGAGAAGCAUUCUCUUGUUCUUGAAUACGCGGAAGGUGGGACAUUAGGAAAAUAUUUAAGAGAUGAUACUCUAACUUUGAAAUGGGAGAAUCAAAUAAAGUUUGCUAAAGAGAUUACGAGUGCGAUUUUAUGGUUACAUGUUGACAAGGGAAUCGUACACGGGGAUCUUUUUGGGGUUUUGUUCUGGGAGUUAACUAGCCGCUUGUCGCCGUUUGAUGGGUUUGAAGAUGAUAUUAUUAUGUUUAAAAUUCUUAAUGGUUUGAGAGAGAAGCCUGUUCCGAACACGAAUGUUAAAUUUGUGGGACUUUAUCAGGAAUGCUGGAAACAAGAACCAGAUGAACGACCACAUAUUUCUGAAGUAAAUGAAGUACUUAAUACUAUUGAUUCCGAAAAUUCUGGAAACAAUGACGUGUCUACUGUUCCUUAUCGUAGAGGAAGCGAAGAAAGUACUAAAAAAACGGAAUUUGUACAUUCCUGUCAGAUUGAUUUAAAUAUUCUUUGUCAAAAAUAUUAG